GCAGAGCUAGGCCUUAACGAGCACCACCAGAAUGAAGUGAUCAACUACAUGCGCUUUGCGCGUUCCAAGCGUGGCCUGCGUCUAAAAACAGUGGAUUCCUGCUUUCAGGACCUUAAGGACAGCAGGCUUGUGGAGGAGACCUUCACAGUUGAUGAGGUGACAGACAUGCUGGAUGGAUUGCAGACUGUCGUGCACAGUGAAGUGGAGUCAGAACUCAUAAAUACAGCUUACACCAAUGUGUUACUUCUGCGCCAGCUCUUUUCACAGGCUGAAAAAUGGUACCUUAAGUUACAGACAGACAUCUCUGAGUUGGAGAAUCGAGAACUAUUGGAACAGGUUGCUGAGUUCGAAAAGUCAGAAUUUACAUCUUCAAGCAAGAAGCCCAGUGCAGAUCUCAUUAAGCCAAAAUUGGCUCCAUUAAAUGAAGGUGGGUCAGAGCUGCUGAACAAGGAAAUUGCUAGACUUCAAGAAGAAAAUGAAAAACUGAAGAACAGGCUCAAGACAAUAGAAACGCAGGCUACAAGUGCACUAGAUGAAAAGGUGAAGCUAGAGAAGUCACUGAAAGAUUUGCAGAUGAUCCAAGGAGAUCAAAAGGCUGAUGUAAACCAGGAUAUAACUGAACUGGAAAAUAAAGUGGCAGCUUUGAAAUGCCAGUUUGAGAAGACCCUGAAUGACUCUACUGCAAAUCAAAAAUCAUUGGAAGAAAACUUGGUCACAACAAAACAUGACUUGCUUAAGGUUCAAGAUCAACUAUCCACAGCUGAAAAGGAAUUAGAGAAGAAGUUUCAGCAAACAGCUGCCUACCGCAACAUGAAAGAGAUUCUUAUGAAGAAGAAUGAGCAGAUAAAGGAUCUACGCAAAAAGCUUUCCAAAUAUGAGCCAGAAGACUGAAAUACAAAAAAC